UUCUUCGCUUGUUUGUAUGGGGAGUUCGACUGGCUCUGGCUCAGCGGUGUGUAGAUAGAGGAGGGAAGAGAUUGACUGGAGCACAAGCCCGACCUGAGACCCCCGAACUGAAGUCUCAUUCUAGAAUGUUUCAGCAUUGUUUUAGGCGACUUUCAGAAUACAUUGACAUCAUCGUGGAAGACGACUGCCUGCAUUUUUUUAGGAUAUGAGCUGAUUUGCUUCUCAUUCGCAUCGUUUACUAUAGCCUAAAAAUUACAGCCGUGCAGUUGUUAAAUUCAUUGCGUCCCCUCGAAAGGAAAAUGUGGAUGCGUAAGAGAGGGAUAUGGAAGAAACCUAUUGAUUAGGCCUAAUAGUUCCGAACAUCAGCUCGCUAUGGAAGAGUUCGUCAGGUCCUUGGGGGCGCAUGGACAUGGAGAGAGAGAGAUACCUGCCACAAGAAACAACACGAUCUGUCCCUCGUAAGGGGAGCAUGCAUCGGAACCACGAACGUCUUUGUGUUGCCCGCUGCGUAUACCGAGUUUGAGGGUGGCCUAUAGCCUGCUGAAGGGGUAACCACUCUCUCUGUGUUACUUCGGUGCCGAACUGCAAUAUUUGUCAAUCACCAUUUAGGACUAUUCGCCCCCAAAUAUGACAAGAUGACUGGAGAGGCUUCUCCUACAACCACGGAUCGCUGACUACUCCCAGACUCCUCUUUUUCUAUUCUAUAUCCUAAAGCCACAGUGGUUUGCUAGCAGGCAUCUGGAGCGGCUUCAGGACUCGGCAACGAUGGCUCCUGCAGCGUGGAGGUGUCUAGUUCUCCAUGGUCUACUGCUCACCCUCAUUCAUCUCCAUUGUUCAGAAGGAUUCAGUCGUGCUGCUCUGCCGUUUGGCCUGGUCAGAAGAGAGCUCUCUUGCGAGGGCUACGCCAUUGAUCUCCGCUGCCCCGGUGCUGAUGUCAUCAUGAUCGAGACGGCGAACUACGGCCGCACGGACAACAAGAUCUGCGACGCCGACCCGUUCCAGAUGGAGAACAUCAACUGCUACCUCCCCGAUGCCUACAAGAUCAUAUCACAAAGGUGCAACAACCGUACCCAGUGUGUGGUUGUGACUGGCUCUGAUGUCUUCCCUGAUCCUUGUCCUGGCACUUACAAGUACCUAGAGGUCCAGUAUGAAUGUGUCCCAUAUAUUUUCAUUUGUCCCGGGACCCUGAAGGAGGUGGGGGAGCCCACGUUUGUGUUUGAGGUGGAGCAACAGGCGGGGGCGUGGUCUAAAGACCCCCUGCAGGCAGGAGACAAGGUCUUCUUCAUGCCCUGGACGCCGUACCGCACUGACACCCUUAUUGAGUAUGCCUCCCUGGAGGACUUAAAAAAUGGCCGCCAGACUACGACCUAUAAACUCCCACAUCGUGUUGACGGCACGGGCUUUGUGGCCUACGACGGGGCCAUCUUCUUUAACAAGGAGCGCACGCGCAACAUUGUGAAAUUUGAUCUCCGCACGCGCAUCAAGAGUGGUGAGGCCAUUGUGGCCAACGCCAACUAUCACGACACCUCGCCGUACCGCUGGGGCGGCAAGACGGACAUAGACCUCGGCGUCGACGAGCGGGGGUUGUGGGUGAUCUACGCAACGGAGCAAAACAACGGACGAAUCGUGAUCUCACAGCUCAACCCUUACACGCUCCGCUUCGAGGCCACCUGGGAGACGGCGUACGACAAGAGAUCCGCCUCCAAUGCCUUCAUGGUGUGUGGCGUGCUGCACGUGGUGCGGUCCACCUACGAGGAGAACGAGAGCGAGACGGCCAAGAGCCACAUCGACUACAUCUACAACACCAAACUAAGCCAGGGAGAGUACACGGACAUCCUGUUCCCCAACCAGUACCAGUACAUCGCUGCUGUGGAUUACAACCCCAGAGAUAACCAGCUGUACGUGUGGAAUAACUUUUACAUCCUGCGCUACGACCUGGAGUAUGACGCUGAGAAAGACCCUGCUGACGUGCCAACUAUAGAAGACGUCUCCCUCUCCUCGGCCCUGCCUGAGACCACCACUAUCAUCACCACCACCAUGGUCAUAGUCAAGGUCCCUGUUAACACCACAGUUCCAGCAGACCCCAGGGAUGGGAGAGAGAGAGAGGCGGGUAAACCUGUGGAGGACCCCCAUGGUACAGCUGACCCCACCAGCCCAGAGAUCCCUCCCACCCCCAGGCGCUUCUGUGAGGGAGGGAUGAUGAGGGGUAUCUCCUGGCCCCAGACUCACACUGGAGCCACAGUGGAAAGACCCUGCCCCAAAGGAACCAGAGGCAUCGCCUCCUACCUCUGCACGGUAGCAGGGGGGACCUGGAACCCAAAGGGACCCGACCUCAGCAACUGUACCUCCCACUGGGUCGCUCAAGUGGCACAAAAGAUCCGUAGUGGGGAGAAUGCGGCUAACCUAGCCAAUGAGCUGGCCCACCACACACAGGGCCCGGUGUUCGCCGGUGACGUCAGCUCAUCAGUGCGUCUCAUGGAGCAGCUGGUUGACAUCCUGGAUGCUCAGCUCCAGGAGCUACGGCCUAGCGAAAAGGACUCGGCCGGGCGGAGCUUCAACAAGCUUCAAAAGAGAGAGAGGACAUGCAGGGCAUAUAUGAAGGCUAUUGUGGAUACGGUUGACAACCUCCUGAGGCCGGAAGCCCUGAAGUCCUGGGAAGACAUGAAUUCCACGGAGCAAACGCACGCCGCCACCAUGUUACUGGAUACCCUGGAGGAAGGAGCCUUCGUCCUUGCCGACAACCUGAUUGAGCCCGCUGUAGUCAAAGUGCCUGCAGACAAUAUCAUGCUGGAUGUGUAUGUGCUCAGUACAGACGGCCAGGUGCAGGACUUCAGGUUCCCCCAGACCAGCAAGGGUGGAGCCUCUAUUCAGCUGUCUGCAAACACAGUCAAAGUUAACAGUAAAAACGGUGUCGCCAAGCUGGUGUUUGUCCUCUACAAGCACCUGGGCCAGUUCCUCAGUACAGAGAACGCCACGCUCCGAGGAGGAGGACGUAACCUCUCAGACCUGACCGUCAACUCGCACAUCCUGGCCGCCUCCAUCACCAAGGAGUCCAGCCGUGUGUUCGUGUCUGACCCCGUCAUCUUCACCCUGGAGCACCUCGACAAGGAGCACUACGACAACCCCAACUGCUCAUUCUGGAACUACUCUGAGAGGAGUAUGAUAGGCUACUGGUCCACUCAGGGCUGUAAGCUCCUGGACACCAACAAGAGCCACACCACCUGUUCCUGUAGUCACCUGACCAACUUUGCCAUCCUAAUGGCCCAUAGAGGGAAUGUGGCAGAGGGGAGUGUCCAUGAGCUGCUGCUGACGGUGAUAACCCGGAUGGGAAUCGCUGUGUCGCUGGUGUGUCUGGCCAUCAGCCUCUUCACCUUCUGCUUCUUCAGGGGCCUUCAGAGCGACCGCAACACCAUCCACAAGAACCUCUGCCUCAACCUUUUCAUUGCUGAGCUGGUCUUUCUUGUGGGCAUCAAUAUGACUGAACCCAAGCUGGUGUGUUCCAUCAUUGCGGUCGUUCUUCAUUUCUUCUUCCUCGCGGCAUUUGCCUGGAUGUGCCUGGAGGGCGUGCAGCUCUACCUCAUGCUGGUUGAGGUGUUUGAGAGUGAGUUCUCCCGCAGGAAGUACUAUUACGCCUCAGGAUACCUCUUUCCUGCUGUGGUGGUGGGAAUCUCGGCCGCCAUCGACUACCGCAGCUACGGGACACCGAGAGCCUGCUGGCUGAGAGUGGAUAACCACUUCAUUUGGAGCUUCAUAGGACCUGUCACCUUCAUUAUCAUGCUCAAUCUCAUCUUCCUGUUGGUGACCAUGUACAAGAUGGUGAAGCACUCCACUUCUAUGAAACCCGACUCGACCCGGCUGGGCGGUAUCAGAUCCUGGGUGCUCGGAGCAUUCACCCUGCUCUUUCUCCUGGGCCUGACCUGGUCCUUUGGUCUGUUCUUCCUCAACGAGUCCUCCGUUGUCAUGGCGUACCUCUUCACCAUCUUCAACACUCUGCAAGGGAUGUUCAUCUUUAUCUUUCACUGCCUCCUCCAGAAAAAGGUCCGUAAAGAGUACAGCAAAUGCUUCCGCCAGUCCCAGUGCUGCGGAGGUCUGCCUUCUGAAGGGUCCCACAGCUCGGCCAAGACGGCCACGUCUCGAUCCACCGCACGCUACUCCUCCGCCACACAGAGUCGUAUCAGGAGGAUGUGGAACGACACAGUGAGGAAGCAGUCCGAAUCCUCCUUCAUCUCCGGAGACAUCAACAGCACCUCCACCCUGAACCACCAGGGAAUGACUGGCAACUACCUCCUAACUAACCCUCUGCUCCGAGCCCACGACCCUAACAACCCCUAUAACAACCUGCUGGCUGAGACGGUGGUGUGCAACGCCCCCUCCCCUCCGGCAUUUCACCCACCAGGGCAGCACUCUCUGACCCACAGCAAGGACAUCAGUGCCAUGGACACCCUCCCCCUCAAUGGAAACUUUAACAACUGCUAUUCCCUGCGUGACCAUGACGAUGACUAUGAGGACGUUGUGGGCGGGGGUGUGGUCGGGGGCGUGGUCUGCGGCCCAGGGGACCUGGGGGGCCUCAGCCUGGACGACGCUGCCUUUGAGAAGAUGAUCAUCUCUGAGCUGGUUCACAACAACCUGAGGCCCCGCGGGCCCCCUAAGGGCCACAACCCCCACCGGGAUAGCAGGGAGAGGGACAGGGACCGGGACCCUCCCCAGACCAGGGUGACUGGGGACAGGGAUAGGGAUGGUGGGGGUGGAAGCGGCAGCGAGGAUGAUGCCAUAGUGAACGACCGUGCUGAGGCUUCGUCCCCCCAGAGAGGUAGUAUAGUCGGGGUAAUUGGAGGAGGUCACCCUACCCUGGAGUUGCUGCUGCACCCCCACCAUAAAGAGGCGUUAGAGGCCCCCCUCCUACCCCAGAGGACUCACUCCCUGCUCUACAGCGCCCACAAGGCCCCCAGGAGGGCUGUGGAGGGGCCUGGGGGCCACGGCUCAAAGACAGUGGGGGCGAUGGAGGACAGGGACUCCCAGUACACCAGCAUGCCCAACCUGAGAGACUCCCCCUCGGCCUCACCCUACCCCCCCGAUGAAGCCGACGACCUGUCCCCUUCCCCCAGGAGUGAGGAGGAGGACCUGUACCAUAAGAGCAUGCCUGAGCUGGUCGAUGGGCCCCAGCCCCUGUCUUAUUACCACAUACACCGGGGCACCAGCGAUGGGUGCAUUGUGCCCCCCAGCGCUGAGGACUGUGAACCUGAGGGACAGGGCCCCCAGGAUGGACAGAUGCAGCUCAUUACCAGCCUCUGAGCAGGUGGAUGGAGGAAGGAGAGGAAGCACCUCUCUGGUGUUUUUGCACAGGUUUGAACAUAUGUAUGUGUGUGUGGGCUUUGGUUGAUGUCAAGACUAUUGCCAGCCCUCACCGGUCCUCCUCCUGGUCCUCCUCUGCACUCCCAAUGACCCGUCAGAGCAAGAAGUGAAAUGUUUGUGGCUGGUAGGCAGGAGAUGGAUGGCUUAUUCACACAUACACUCGGUCACAUACAAAUGUCCUUUGGACAAGAACUGCUCCGCUCUGCUGUGGGACUACAGAGAAGGAAAUGCACAGACUACUCAAUGUGUCAGAGAGUAGUCUGUCUGGCGCCAUCCCUGUCCAGCUUGCAUUUGUAUUAUAUGGAAGAAGAAGAAAAAAAUAUGGUUUCAAACUCCAGGUUUAGAACUUUAGGAACACUGGGGAAGUCUUUCUGGAGGGGUUUCCAGUAUGAGGAUCUGUUGAGUCAUUCCACUCCAGAACCGAGAGUCAUUUCACUCCACAUUGAGGAAUGUCAAAUGAAGAACCACUAAUUCAGACUCAGGCAUUAUAUUUUCUCUAUUGCACAUUUAACUGUUGUCAGAGUAACAGCUAAAUAAAAUAUAUUUUGCUGUACCACAGUGUAAAAAAGAAAGAAAAGAAUACAAAUGUUGUGGCAACCAAUUAUACAACCUUUCAAUGUUGAGGAGAUUGUCCUCAAAACAGGUUGCUCAAACGGUGCAAAUGUCUUUUUUCCUCUCACUUGACACGUUGUAGUAUGUUUGAACAUAAAAUAUAUAUACUUUUUUGAAAAUCUCAUAAGAAACAAUACUCACAUCUCCGCUUGUGAAGUGCUUUUUGCUUUCAUGAAUGAAGAGUUUUGGCAGUAAUAUUUGUUGUUAACACCAUGCCAUGCACAGAUUUGGAGUGAAUUGGAUCCUUGUGUAAUUUAUUUUACUUGAAAGAAAAUAAAAACAUUUGUGUCAAUGCGAUAUUUCAAGCAUAUUACGAGCAUAUUUCCGCCUUUGACAUUAAUUUAUUAACUGAAUUAUUGAAAAUUUGAAAAAUAAAAAUGUUUGGGUAGUGCGACUUUCAGCACAGUUUAGAUUAAGUUCAUUUAUUUUGUAAGUGCCCAUUGUCAGCUGAUAUAAAAAUUCAACUCUUGUUUGAUAUCAAAUAAAUGUGAGAUUUUUUUCUUGUU